UAUUCUAUCAAUUAAUUUUUUGGCGGGAAGUAAUAUCUUCUAACAAUAAAACUUCUUAAAGUAAAUUACAAUUCAUAAGCAAAGUUAUUACUAAAAUAAAUAAACAAUAUUGAAACUGAUUUGUAUAGAUAAUAAUUAUGUCAGUAGAACAUAGAAGAGAAAGCAGCGGAAGAAGAUCAGGACGAAAUGUUGGGAAAGAAUCUUCUGCUAAAAAAUUAGCAUUAGAAAAGUUAAAAAAAUACCAUGAAACUGGAGAAAAGAUAGAAUAUGAGGUUGGAAAAGAAGAAGACGUGUAUGAACUUGUAGACGAAGAUAAAUAUGCUCAACUUGUGCAAGACAGACAGGAAGAAGAAUGGAUUGUAGAUGAUGAUGGAGGAGGGUAUGUUGAUGAUGGUAGAGAAAUAUUUGAUGAUGAUCCAAAUGAAAUUCCUAUUGAAAAAAAGAAAAAAACUGAUAAAGAGAGUAAAGGAUCAAAAAGUGAUGUAAAAAGCUCAAAAAUUACAAAUUUGUUCAAGUCUGCAAAUUGUAUCACAAAAAGAAAAAAGGAGACAAAUGUUACAGUAGAAGGUGAUUCAGUUUUGGAAGAUAUUCUCAAUAGUAUCACUUCUGCAACAACAACUUCUGGUAGCAAAUACCAUAAUAGAUCUUCCUUACAAAAUAAAACACAAAAACAUUCUCAUUCAACUCGUAAUAUUGAAAAGACGCAAAAGCAGUUCACAUCUCAGCCUUCGCCUCACGUUGAAGAAAAAAAGAUAAUUUUGAAAAAAACAACUCAUGUGCGUGAUUUUACUCAUAUAGUUAAAAAAGAAAAUAUUGAUUCAGGUGCUUCAGAUUUACAUAAAGAUAUAAAUCAAAAUAAAGAUGUGGACACAGAUUAUAAUCAAAUAGAUUGUGAAACAUUUAGUCAAGAUACAGAAAAGUACGCUUCUCAAGAUACAGAUAAUUUUAUUGAAAAAGUUAAAGAUCAAUCUUUAAUAGAAGAUGGUUUUAACGAUGAGUUUUCUGAUGAAAUGGUAACCCUGAUUGAAGAAACUGAUUUAACUCCGAAAACAUCAAUAAAACAAUCUACGAAGUUUCGAUCAUUAGUAGCUUAUGAAGAUGUUUUUGAUAAAAAAGAAGAGCCAUUACCAGAUACCUCUUCAAUUUCUUCAUCAUUACCUACUUCAAAUAUAAAUGGUGAUGAUGUUUUGAGAUUUUUUUGGUUGGAUGCCUAUGAAGAUCGGUUUAGUCAACCAGGAACAGUGUAUUUAUUUGGAAAAGUUUGGAUUGAAGCCUCAAAAUGUUACGUCAGUUGUUGUGUUGCAGUUAAAAAUAUUGACCGCCAAUUGUACAUUCUUCCACGUAAAACGCGUCAUCAGAAUGGCAAAGAUAUUAACAUUCCUGUAGACUUCAAAGAUGUUUAUGAGGAGCUUCAUCAAGGUGCUAUUGCUAAAAACAAAAUCAUGGAGUUUAAAUGUCGGAAAGUUCUGAAAAAGUAUGCUUUUGAUAAAGUUGAAGUACCAUAUGAAGCAGAGUAUCUGGAGCUGUUGUACAGUGCUGACCAACCACAACUACAAUCAGAUUUAAAAGGUGAAACAUUCAGUCAUAUAUUUGGAUCAAACACAACAAGCUUAGAAUUGUUAUUUCUCAAUCAGAAGUUACAAGGACCAUCUUGGAUUGAUGUUAAGUUUCCACAGAUUCCAAAACAAGCUGUCAGUUGGUGUAAAGUUGAGGCCUUUGUUGAUAGGCCGACUUUCAUUACAGUUGUUGAAGAAAGUAUUCCCCCUCCACCUUUGAUUGUCUUAAGUUUAUCCAUGCUUGCUACAACUUCAAAAACUAAUGCACACGAGAUAAUAUCCAUAUGUGGUCUUGUUAAUCCAGAAGUAUUUUUUGAUCGUGGUGUUCCAGAUCAAUGUUUUAAAAAUAGUUUUUGCUUUGUUACGAAACCUUCUGAUCAACUGUUACCUUAUGAUUUUCAAUCAACUAUACAAAAAAAUAACACAAAAAUUCAAGUCUGUGCAUCUGAGAGAUCUAUGUUAGGACUUCUUCUUGCAAAAAUUCUUGCUAUUGAUCCUGAUGUUAUAGUGGGUCAUGAUAUACAAGAUUUUGUUUUUGAUGUGCUGUUACAUAGAUUAGAUUUUAAUAAGAUUCCACAUUGGUCAAAAAUUGGAAGGUUAAAGAGAGCCAAUAUGCCUAAACACUUACAUGGCAAGCAAGGUUUUAAUGUUACAGAUAAAGUUAUAGCCUGUGGGCGACUAGUUUGUGACAUAAAGAUUAGUGCUAAAGAACUCAUGCGAUGUAAAAGUUAUAAUUUAACAGAAAUAUGCAGUUUUGUUUUAAAAAAGCAACGCAACGAUUUAUUACCUGAAGAAAUACUUAAGAAUCUUCAGAAAACAGAAAAUCUUUUAAAUAUGUUGAAUUACAAUCGAGCAGAUGCUAUGUACCAAUUGCAGAUAAUGUAUGAACUAAAUAUUUUGCCACUUGCUUACCAAAUAACUGGUAUUUGUGGGAAUGUAAUGUCACGAACUUUACUAGGAGGUCGAUCAGAAAGAAAUGAAUAUUUGCUUCUACAUGCAUUUUUCAAAAAAAACUAUAUUCUCCCCGAUAAAUCUUAUGGAGCAAAAAAAGAUUUUAAGUUAAAUGAAAAAGAUAAAGAUGUAAAGCAAACAGGAGUUUCAAAGAAACCUCAAAAGAGUCGCAAAAAACCUACUUAUGCUGGGGGUUUAGUGUUAGAACCGAAGAAAGGUUUUUAUGACAAAUACAUCUUAUUACUUGACUUUAAUAGUCUUUAUCCGUCCAUUAUACAAGAGUAUAAUAUUUGCUUUACUACUAUAUCAAGGGAAACAUUCAGUAAUGGCGCAGAGGAGGAAGAAGAGUUGCCAAGCAUACCAUCUCCAGAUUUAGAAACAGGUGUCUUGCCAACUGAAUUAAAAAGAUUAGUUGAACGGAGAAAACAGGUGAAACAGCUUCUUAAAACAGCACCUCAACAGUCAGAUCUUUAUUUGCAGUACGAUAUUCGACAAAAGGCUUUAAAAUUAACUGCUAACAGUAUGUACGGUUGCCUAGGUUUCAGUGAAUCAAGAUUUUAUGCAAAGCCAUUGGCUGCUUUGGUUACUAUGAAAGGUCGUGAGAUCUUAAUGAAAACAAAAGACCUUGCUCAAGCUCUUGGGCUAGAAGUUAUAUAUGGCGACACAGAUUCAAUUAUGAUUAAUACAAAUUCUAAUGAUCUCAAUGAGGUUCGAAAAAUAGGAUCAAAAGUGAAAAGUGAAGUUAAUAAAUUAUACAGAACACUUGAAAUAGAUAUUGAUGGAAUAUUUAAAUCAAUGCUUCUUCUCAAGAAAAAAAAGUAUGCUGCAGUUGUAGUUGAAAUUAAAGAUGAUGGAAAACUUGUUGAGCACACUGAAAUGAAAGGUUUAGAUAUUGUACGUCGCGAUUGGUGUGGUUUAGCUAAAGAAUCGGGAAGUUAUGUCAUAAAUGAAAUUUUGUCUUCAAAGCCUCGAGAUGUUAUACUUGAAAAUAUACAUGAGUUUUUAAGAGAUGUUGCUAAAAAGUUAUCAAAUGGUGAAGUAGAAAUGGAAAAAUUUGAAAUUAAUAAGUGUUUGACAAAAAAUCCAGAUGAAUAUCCUGACAAAAAAUCACUGCCACAUGUCACAGUUGCUUUAAGGUUAAUGGCACAAGGACGUCGUGUUGCUGUUGGAGAUACUAUUACUUACAUAAUUUGUGAUGACAAUUCAAAAUUACCUGCUACACAGCGAGCUUACCACCCAGAAGAGUGUUUAAAAAAUUCAAAUUUAAAAAUUGAUUAUCAUUAUUAUCUAUCAAAUCAAGUUCAUCCUGUUGUGUCACGGUUAUGUGAUCCUAUUGAAGGAACUGACUCAUCUUUCAUUGCUGAAUGUUUGGGACUCGAUCCGACAGGUUAUAAAUCAUCUUCAGUUCAACAAGAUGAACAAGGAUUGUUAACAGUUCUCAUGACAGAUGAGGAAAGGUUCAAAGAUAUUGAGAAGUUUUUUGUGAGGUGUAAUAUUGAGUCUUGUUCUUUGUUCAAACAAGAAGUAGAGUUUAAAGGAUCUUUUGAUAAUAAGGUUGAUCCUUUUGUUUGCUCUUCAUGCAAUCAGCCAUAUCAUCGUAAUAAAUUGCACAACUGUUUAAAGCUUUUUAUCAGAAAUUUUAUCAAUAGAUACUACUCAUGUUGGAUGUCUUGUGACGAUCGCUCGUGUGGAUAUGUAUCUCGACACAUAUCGGUGAAAAGCUUUAUGCAUGCGCAAAUUUGUAAUCAGUGUGGCAAAAGAAAUAUUCAUGUUGAUUAUAGCGACACUAUGUUGUACAAUCAGCUAAUUUACUUAAGCAGGUUAUUCGAUGUUAACAAAACUUCUGAAGUCACAAUAAAGCGAAUUCGAAAGCAAAAUGAUUUAUGGCAAACACUUUAUCAUGAGGUUGAAAAAACAUUAAAACUCAAUGCAUAUUCCACUGUAAAUAUUGGGGACCUUUUUAAAUGAACGAAAUAUUUAUUGAAUUUUAUAGAAAUGUGUACUGUGUUGUAGCUGUUCCACUUAUGAAUAUUUGUCUGAUGUUUAUUGUUGAAUGUACAAAUAAAUCUUGUGAAGAAAAAAAAAAAUUAUUAAUUUUUAUAAA